CCUCUGGCACAGCCCCACACCAGACCCAAGUCCAGACAGGCUCCAUAAUGCUGUCCCGCAAGGCCGUGGCCUUUCUGCUGGUGGUGCAUGCAGCCAUCAUGCUGGCUUCCCAGACGGAAGCCUACAUUCCCAUCUUCACCUACGGUGAAGUCCAGAGGAUGCAGGAAAAGGAGCGGUACGAAGGGCAGAAGAAAUCCCUGAGUGUACAGCAGAGGUCCGAGAAGGUGGGCCCUCUGGACCCCGCAGAGCCUUUGGAGGAAGAAGAAAAGGAAGUUAUCAAGCUGACUGCUCACGUGGAAAUUGGAAUGAGGAUGAACUCCAGGCAGCUGGAAAAGUACCGGGCCACCCUGGAAGGGCUGCUGCGUGAGGUGCUGCUGUCCAGCCAGAACGCAGCCAAGUGACAGGUCACCUGGGGGAGAAGCUGGACGGAACUCGGAUCCCCCCACGCCCCAUCCAGAGAGGCCCCGGGAGCCCAUCUGCGCAGCCCAUCUGCUGGGCUUGGAAGGAAAACACCCUCUCCCAAGCAAAUCCCCCUCCAGCAAAUAAAUCAUGAAAUAUACAGAAA